UAUGUGGAAACCCCUUAGGUGGGAUGAAUGGGGUGAGCCUGGGAGGUUCAGCCAACUGGCCCGCUAGAGAGGAAGGAGUUAAAUGCUGCUCUCACCUGAGCUGGGCAUCAAAUUACCUGAGUCCAGGUUCCACUGGUAAGGAGGUGGAGCUGAGCCUGCUCCUGGGCCUCUGGCUGCCUCCGGCCUAAGGUAAGGACUUACCUGCCUGGGUAAGUCCUACUGAGGAGGUCUGGGGGGAUACCCCUGGCCAGAAAAAGAGCUCUCACUGGGGAUCCUCACUGACUCUGUCCUCAGGCUCCCAGCUAUGGCCCUGCCCCCAUCCCUGGGCCCUAGACUCCCCUCAGAGCCCCUCAGCCACCCCCCUGGAGCCCCUAGGGAACUGGACGUUGCUGGAUGCACCAUCUGCUCUGCAUCUGGAGAGGAGAGAAUCAGAUGGCCAACACCCUCUUCCAGUGAGGACCCAGCUGGAGGCAGACACCGGGAGCAUCUCAUCUCUGGCCAGGAGGUAUUGGAGGCUGAGCAGGACAGUCUAUCGCUAUGCCUGUUGGGGCUGGGCCUCCGGCUGCAGGACCUAGAGCAAGGCCUGGGGCCCUGGGCAUCAGCCCAGAGCAGGAUGGUCCAGCUGCAGACCCUACAGGCAGACCUACGUGGGGCAGCUGAGCGUGUGGAUGCACUGCUGGCAUUUGGUGAGGGGCUAGCACAGCGGAGUGAGCCUCAGGCCCGGGCGUCCCUGGAGCAGGUCCUGAGGGCCCUCAGAGCCCACCGAGGCAGCAUCUUUCGGCGACUGUGGUGGCUGCAGGCCCAGCUGGUCACCUAUAGCCUGGUAUGGCCCACCCUGGCAGUCCCCGCUCCAGGAACCAAUUCCACAACCCCCAUGACUCUGUCCUCUGCCCAGGUAUUUGAGGAAGCCAACCCACUGGACCAGGACUUGGAAGUCGAGGGCGACGUGGAUGGACCAGGACCUAGUGGGGUGUGGGGACCCUGGGCGCCAAGUAGCCUCCCCAUUCCCGCAGAGUUGGAGUGGGACCCAGCAGGGGAUGUUGGAGGCCUCAGGCCCUUGGGGCGAAAGACAGCCUGGAUGCCAGGAGCUCCUUGUGAGCUGUGUGGCCAUAGAGGCCCCCAGGGCAGGGGACAAGACCUUGAGGACAUGCUCAUGUCGGGCUUCAGCCACCGGAAACACUUAGCAGGUCACCGAAGACGCUCCCUGCUCCGGAAGUCUCAGGACAAGAAGCAAACGCCUCCCAGUCUCCAGGAUGUGAUGUUGGAGGUAGACCCUGGAGCCCGUCCUCCUGCCUCCAGGCAGUCCCUGACCUUCCUCCUUCUCUUCCUCCUCUUUCUCCUGGUGGGUGCCACAUUGCUCCUGCCACUGACAGGAGGGUCCUGCUGCUCUCCUGCCCGACUGGCCAGGACACCUUACCUGGUGCUCAGCUACGUCAAUGGCCCCCCACCAAUCUGAGUACACAGCCCGGAAAUAUGUAAUAAAUGGUCACUGUCAAAGGA